CCGUGACGCUGGGCUGCGGUCUGAAGAAGAGUUUGGAGAUGAGGAGGGUCCUGGUGCAGAUGGGUCAAGACUCCGACUGCGAGAGCCGAACUCUGCGACCAGUCCAAGACGUAACCGCCCUCCCUCUCUCCAUCCUGAUCCCGGGACAGUGGCUUCGGCUCGGCACAGGCAGCGAGCGGCCGCGCAGAUGGACCUGAGGAUUCUGACAGUGGGGAUCUUCCUGCUGGGAUGCUGGCAGCCAGCGUUCGGAGAGGACACAGGGUCUCUCCAGAAGUGCAAGAGGUGCCGCGAAUGUUCCAUGGAGAACGGUUGCCUGAGCUGCCAACACCGCCUCUUCCUCCUGAUCCAAAGGGAGGGGAUCAGGCAGCGAGGGGAGUGUGUGCACGUCUGCCCUGUGGGACACUACAGCCUGCGGGGUAAAGAAGUGAACCACUGCCUCAGAUGCAAGGCCAGGAACUGUGAAAUGUGCUUCAGCCGUGAAUUCUGCAUCAAGUGUAGUCCCGACCACUACCUGUUGAAGGGCAAAUGUUACAUGGCCUGUCCCGAAGGUUCAGCUCCACAGGACCAACCGAUGGAUUGUGUGGAUGGAUGCAUGCUUGGAUCCUGGAGCGCGUGGAGUCCUUGCAUAAGGAACCAGCGGACUUGUGGCUACAAGUGGGGAUGGGAGACCAGAACUCGGCAAGAGCUCUCUGCCUCAGAGAAUCUCUCUGAGCCCUGUGUUGCCCUGAAGAUGACAAGGAAAUGCAGGAUAAAGAAUAGACACUGCCCUGGAGGCAUUCACAGUAGAUACAAAGAGAUACAAUGGAGUCAAUGGAAACCUACAAACAAAGACAGACAAAACUGGACAGAGAUGUUUGAAUACAAAAAGAUGCAUAGAAACAGAGGGGGCAGGUGGAGGAAUAAAGGUCUGACGAGUGGCAGGAGAUCAGAGGAGGGCAACUCCUCCUCCUAA